CUGGAAGACCCCACACCUUCAAAAUACUCCAGUUAGACAAAUUUCGGAACAAUGUGAGAGAAGUUUGAGAGCAAAAAUAGUGGAAGUUAUUGUGUUGGAAGGCAGUUAUGUCCAUGCGAGGCACACCUAGGGGUUCUGACGAGAACCUGCAGUAUAGUGCUGCUAGUGACAGUUUUUGGGAUGUUGGAAACUUCAAGCGCACGGUCAAACGAAUAGACGAUGGUGCAAAGUUAUGUGACGAGUUUAUGAAGCUUGUCACAGAAAGAGCUGAAAUAGAAGCAAAGUACGCAUUUAAAUUGAAAGCAUGGGCCAAGAAAUGGGAAGAAUGUAUUAAAAAUGGACCGGAAUAUGGCACAAUGGAAGUUGCCAUGCGAGGCACUGUCACUGAAGCCGAGUCUAGAGCAGAGAUUCACUUGUUAUGCCGUGAUAAACUGAUGAACGACGUGCACGAAUCAAUUAAAAGGUGGAAAACAGAAAAUUACCACAAAGGAAUAUUUCAAUGGAAGGAGACCAAAGAGGCCGAUGAAGGGUUUACGAAGGCUCAAAAGCCUUGGGCAAAGCGAUUGGCUAAAGUUGAACGGUCGAAAAAGGCGUAUCACACUGCCUCGCGAAACAGCGAGCAAGCUCAAAAUUUGGAGAAUCAAGCAACUAACGACACCGAAUUGAAAACAGCUGAGAAACUGAAAAAGUUGCAGGAUGCAACAGAGAAAGCGAAACGAGAAAUGGAUAAAUGUAAAGAAAAGUACGAACUUCGCCUCGACGAAAUUACAUCGUACAACUCACAAUAUGAACGAGACAUGAUUCAAGAAUUUGAAAGAUGUCAAGAGAACGAGGACAGCCGUCUUGCGUUUUUCAGAGACACGCUAAUGAAGUAUCACAAAUGUUUGGAUAUAUCGGAUAGCCCUGAGUAAGUAUUUGACACGAUGCAAUUUAUUUUGUUGGGGUUGGUCCUUCGUUAUAGGAACGUAAGGAGUAAGGAAAAGUAUACUCCAGUUUCGUUCUAAUUAUAAAUUGAACAUUGCACUCGAUGAAUGUUCACUUGUCAUCCUCUUUGUACUUUUCUUGAGUACUCGUGUUCUCCGUAAUUAUUUUAUUAUUAUGCAAAUAUUACAACAAAUCAAGCGUAAACACUUUGAAUCCACUUAGAUAUGAUUUGCAUAGUUAAUCCAGUUUCCUACAGUGCGAUCUUCUCUUGUUCUGCGGCUUUCAAUGUUGUUUAUUUGGCUUCAGCAGCCUUCGAUGUAUAACAUGCCAAGAAUGUGUACUUUCCUUUAUUUGCAUGAAGGUCUAUGAAAUUGUAAUUCCCUAUCCUUCAUUAGAUAAUUUUCUGUCACCCCUUUUUAACUGAUUAAUCUUCAUCUAUGCUCAUCUAAUCGAAGUAGAUGAGAUAAGUACGGUAAUCAGUUAUUUGAUCGCUUGUAUUUAUUAUGGGCAGCAGACCUGAAAAUAUGUUCUUGGAUGUAUCAAGCCAUGAGAGAAAUAACUGAAAAAAGCACACAGGAAUGCAGCCAUCCAUAAAUAGCAAUACUUUGAAUAAUCCUUGAGUAUAAAGAUCACUAAUCUAGUGGUAGGACUGUUCAACUUAUCAGCCAAUGCGCUGCUUAGUAGUGUACCAACUAGGACUUCAAAUCUGGCCAGCUUUGAAGAAAUUCUCCAAGAUUAAAUGUAAAGUGCUCUGAUGUGACAGAAAAUUUUUUCUUAAUUUACUAUGUAUUGAAAAUGUGCAAUACUGCCACCUCAGUUCCAGAAAUAUGCAAAAGAGUAUUUUUUUUUUAAUAAACAGCAUGGAGUCUUAAAGAAGGUCUUGCAUCAAAAUUUGAAGGUCCAUUAAACAUGGUGGUUUUUUUCUCAAGACAAAAAGGUCAAGUUCAAGAUUCUCUUGUAAAAUGUUGUCCAAAUCAUAACAUGCUUUGUAAAAGAUCUACCAAGAAAUGACAGACGUGCAAAUAUUCUUUUUUCGUUGCACACUCAGAGAGUUAUAUAGUGCACUAUAGUCUCAAAUUUUUCAACUCUGUAAAGCAAUGUUGCAUUUCAAAAUGAGGUCAUUGAGUGGUUUACAAUGACUGAGAUCCUUAGGCUAGUAACAAUCAUAACUGAAUCUUUCAUUGAAUUCCAGGUAUAACAAAACAUUGACCUAUCAUGUUUUUUAAAUGACCUGUCAUAUCACCAAAUUCCUUAGUUCAUAGACUUGAAGGAAGAUUCUAAAAUUUUUUGUCAGGGGCUAUGUUUUGGUGUGAUUGUCAUGAAAUAUUAAAUUCAAAUCAACCAUCAUAAGCAGUAUUCAUCUCUAUUUGGUUUAAUAUACUUCUGGGAAAAGCACUGUUAUUUCAAGGUCACUGUCUCCUAUUUAAAACUUUUCAACAUAACAAAAUCAACUCAAUAUGUUAUCAACAAGCUCCCUCAAAGUCCUCUUUUUAAAAAUAAUUUUUAAGAAUUCUUGCUUUUUCUUUUCUAAGUAUUAUGCUAACAGAUCCUCUCUUAACUGUUCUGUGAGAUUUUGGAUAGUUGUGAAGUCUUAGAGAAUAUCUUUAGCUUCUUUGCCAACUAGUGCUUUACUUGUUACAAUUAACCUUACCAGCAUAACCAGACAACUAUUGGCCGCUGCUAGCAUGUGUGCAAUAUCCAAUCUUGACUGACUUAUAUUAUUUUGUGGAAAAUUUAUCGUUAUCUGACACUUGGCUUUUAUUAAAUUAUCUCAUAUUGAUGCCUUUUGUGUGAGAAAAUUAACACUUUUAUGACACCUUGUUUCUGAAAUUUUUUUUUUCUCUUAAAUCAUAAUUUUACGUGGAGAUGUGAAGUGUGUUAGAACUUACCCUAAGUUAUGAUACUUUUUUCAAUUUUUUCUUUUUUUUUUUUUUUUUUUUUCAGUUUGUUUACAUGACUUUUCUGAGGAGAAACAAAUGUUAAGAAACUCUUCUUUUUGCAGGUUUUCUGGUGUCUUUGUCAACAUGGGCCUCACAUUUCAGAAGGCAGAUGCCCAGGCAGACUUGGACUGGUGGUCACACAACCAUGGUAUGGGCAUGCCACAGAAUUGGCCAAUGUUUGAGGUACAUUAACAUUCUGUAUAUCUUCACUAUAAGAUACCCAAAGUCAAUCUAGAUUUUAUACAUUCAUGAAUAAGUUCAGUCAAUAUCAAAUGGAAAUAUGCCUUGAAGUGGUAUGUGAUGGCUGUUUAGGUAACAAGAUUGAGAUUAGUUAUUGCAAAUUAUAUCUCUAGGGAAACUUUCCAUAUCAUAUCAUCUCACUGUAUGUACAGUAAUGAUUGGAUUUAGGGUCCUCAUUCUAAUUAGUACCUUUUCUCAAGUAAGCACCCCCCCCCUAUUCUAAUAAGCAUCCUUAUUGCACAAACACCUUCACUCCAAUUAGCAUCCCUGGUUUGGUUGAAAAGUGCUGGUCAGUGGCACUCUUACAUAAUUUUUACCUUGGUUGCUACAAAACUACUUUGAUUUCUUUAAAGGGAAAGUAAGGUCUACAUAAGAAAAGCUCUUCAAGUCUAUUAUUUUCAACUUAACUGCAUGCCAACCAGGGCUGUUUGUGGGUCCAAAUGACUCUUACUCAUUAAUACACCAGAGCUGGGUUCCUGAAACUGAAAAAUGAUUCAUUUCAUUCAGUUAGCAAUGUGAAAUGAAUUCAUUGCAGGCACCACAGUCUUCUUUAGUGAAAGAACUCUCACUCUAGAGCUAGUAUGUAUUGAGAAAAAAAACCCUUCCUUUCAAAUUGAGUCGUUGACUCAAGCUAGUACAUUUAAUUCUUGGUAGCAUACGUUUUCCACAGGCUUCUCUUGACAUUUGCUACAAGAGCAACACUUGUGAUUUUCAAGACAUGAGCAUUUGAGCAGUUUGACAUUUUCCUUGAAACUCAUUUUCCUGAAUUUCUUUGUCAGCACAGGUUUCUUCUUUCAUGUUGCAUUUGAAACAUAAAUGGAUGUAUUACACCCUCUGGAUUAAAAUCCAAAUUGAGAAUUCAGUCAGUAGUGCUCUCCUUUUUUCUGUUUUCCUUAUUUACAUCCAUCUCAGCUGGGAUUUAAGGUGGUAUGCUUGACUAUUGCUUUGUCACAGUUAUAUCAUAACAAAGAAGGUCAUUUUUAAUUUGAAAAUGUCAAUUUUUGGAACACAAUUGUUUGCAACAAAAAAGUUUUUAGAACAAGUGAAUAGCCAGUUAGGACAAUGCAAGUCAGGAACUUUUCAUUUAGGUAAACGUUUUAGACCUUAUUUUCCCUUUAAACGCAACAAAAAAGUAUAAAGAUUACCUCAGACUUAAGUAUUAGGAACAAAUUAUCUUUGUAUGCAAUUGUUCCUUAUCUCUCCUCCAUUUGUGAUUUUGCCAACCUUUGUUUCAGUGGGUGUCAAUUUUGUGUUUUUGCCAACCUUUGUUUCAGUGGGUGUCAAUUUUGUGUCAUCGUUGUAUCAGGCAGCAUUUCCAUCAUAACAUCAGAGACAAGGCACAGUUUAACCACACCUGUUUUUAGCUUUAAGAGGGUUCCUUUCAGGAAAUGUAUUCUUUUUUCACUGCAAAGCUGAAGUGACUUUAAUUUUAUUCAGCUCAAGCUAGGGAUUCAGUUGUGUUUUUCUUUCAUGUUCUUAGUAUACCUUAGAAAUAUAUUUCAUGUUAUCUUUUAACAAUAUAUGAAUUCUAGUGGAUAAAGAUAUUUUCAAGAGUAGGUACUUUUUCAUUUAGAUGUGGUUAAUGUGCAACUUUAGUAAGAAGGUAGUUCAUGUCUCUGAACUAAGAGUGCAGAACUUUUCCAGUGGAUGCAGUCUUCAAACUGCUUUUUUUGUCUAUGUUUAGGAAAGGAAACAUCCUACUAGUAACUUACUGCAAAGAAUGUUGCAUAGACAAUGUCAAAGUGGAGCAUUAAAAAAGGGAAAACGACUCCAAAACUUAUACAUAGAAAAGGGAAGCACUUGUGAGUCACUUGAUAAAAUUCACAGUAUUCACUUGGACACAGAGGAUAAUUUUGCUUGGAACACUGACACUACCAAUAUUGAACAUCUCAUAACUUUAGGCACAGGUGAAUGCUUCGAUGAAGGUGUUUUGUAUAGCACAGUUGAGUCAAUAUAUAACUGCUGUGUUAAAGAUUCAAGCAAUGUUGAAAGAGUAGGUGAACAUCCACAAGAUGGAAAUAUUUCAGAGAGAGUAGACUGUGUAGAAAGUGCAUAUGGUAAUAGCAGGACAGGAGUGUUGUACUGGGAAAUAUUGGAUGUGUCAUGCAGAAAUCAGGUACUAUAGAUUGAAGAUCACAGGAUUAUCAGUAGUUAUACGUUAGCUAGAGUUUUUUUUUACUACAGAUAGUAUAAGGCAGUCAGAGUCAGCUUAGAAAAGAGGUGCCAAGAUUUUACUUUGUCUGGCAGAGGGUUAAAAAGUUAAGUAUUUGUAGUGAAUGGUUUUAAGCAAGAGAAACAAUUUACUGUAAAGAGUGAUUGUUUAGUUAGGAGAAGCAUUGAAGAAGUACUGUUGAUUCAUGAACUUGAUUGGAAGUGAGCAUUGACAUCAAGUGAAAACUGUUUGCUUUUCAUUAAACUGCUAUUACAGGAAGAUAAGUCGUGCCAUUUUAGGCUAAAUUUACUCCUCUGAUCCCUUGUUUUUUGUCAGUUUUUCUAAAAUGCUUAACUACCUUCAAGAUGAAACAAGACCACUGAAUAGUUUGGUAACAUAGUAAACACAAAAGAGGAAAAAUUCUUUAAAGGAGGCAGAAAAAAUAUCAUAAUUUAAUUGAGAGAAGAUUGAAAAUUGGUAGGCACAAAUGAUGUUACUCCUGUCAUGUCACUUUGAAGGUGGCUGAAAGCAAGGACUCUAGUUUUUUCGAAACAAUUUUUGAGAAAAAAGUGGGAGCAAAUUAAUCAAAUUUCACAAAGAAAUUCAGAACCACCUCUAGCAUUAUGUUCUUGAACAAUACACCUUACACUAUCAUCAGCUACUUCUGACUAAAAACCACAAGAAACCAUAACAACGUAUGUACUAUGAGAUACUCGGAGUGACUUCAAAGCUUCAUAGUUAGAUGCUUGAAAGUUGAACCUUUUUUUUUUCCAGGAGUAUAAUGAGCCCCCUCCAGCAAAACGACCAUCAGUGUCACGAGGACAUGAACAAGCACCAGCGGCAUCCACUUAUACAACCACUCAAAACCAUAUUGAAGAACAAACUGAUUACCCUCAUCACAAUGAGAUGUAAGUUUUAGAACUAAGAAUAACUAGUGGCCUUGAGCUUUUCCAAGUCUACUUGAACACUGAGCUUACAGGCUACCGAGACAGGCAUCAAAAGACUGCGCAUGUACAAACAUCGUAAUGAUUUGGUAAUGUGCUGUUAGCAUGUCACAACCAAGUUGUGUCACGCAAGUUACAAACAACCACACAAGCUAUUGACUCAUGUUGUGUCAAAAAACAUAUAACCUUUUUAGGUAUAGCUCAAAAAAGAAUAUUAAAUCAACAUGAUACCUGUACUUGAAAAAGCUUUGUGUUCAAAAAGUCUCAAGGUUUCCCUUUCCCUACCACUGAUAAUUAUUGAAGUUUUAAUUUUCUUUUGCUUAUUUUGCAAGACAGCAGCUGUUUCUUAUGUUUUCCUAAUUGAAAUUUUGCACAGGAGAUAGGUGUGUUGCUAGCUAGAAUUGAUACUCUUGUACAUGCCUGACUUUUGACUGCUGUGUUCAGGCUACUUGCCUAAGGAAUAAAGGUGCAAUGGUAAUGAGACAAUUCAGAGCUUAUCCAUCACAGUGUUAUUCACCUUUGUCUCAUUUUCUUGGUCAAUAGAAACAACCCAUUUAACAAUUAUACAUCAAAUACAAAUGAAGACUUCAGUGAACCAUCAGCUCCAGAUGAAUGGGACAUUGAGCCACCUCCCAUUGAAGAUACAGGUGUCCCAGUCAGGGCCUUGUAUGACUUCCAAGGUGUGGAGGAUGACGAACUCAAUUUCAAAGAAGGGGACAUCCUUACACAACUUUCCUCGCAGGAUGACCAGGGCUGGUGUCAGGGAAGAUUUCAGGGUAAAAUUGGACAUUUUCCUGGGACUUAUGUGGAGCCACUGUAGGAAGAAGAAGUUAAUGAUAUCAAUGUGAUGUUCUGCUCUUCUUUAAAAGAAUUCAAUCUUAGUGUCUCUUGAUAGUCUCCCCUGCCAUUACAUGGAGCAUGGCAUCUUAAAAACAUAAGGCAAUGCCUUAAUGCUGGCUGUUAAAUUCCCAAGUACUAUCUCGGAAAAAAAAUAUCUAAGCAAUGAUAAUAAGUUAUCACAAAAAAAUAUAAUAAUAUUGAUAGUCAAUAAAAUAUGUGCAACCACAGGACAUUGUGGUUUAUUUGUGGCUCAAGAAAAUAUCAAUAUCCAUAUCCCUGCACAGACUUAAUGCUUGCAGCUGUUUUUGAACAUGUUUUAUAAAAAAGCAAAACAUGGGAUGCAAGGAGACUAACUGUGCUGUGGAAAGAUUUUGGUUUUAACCAUUCAAACUCCAGAAACUCCAGUUGGCUUUUACACUCAAGACAAAAUAUGGCUUUUUUUUUUCUUAAUUCCUUCUCUUUAUCCAAUUUUAUUAACUAUUUUAACCUUAUAGUCACCAGCAUCUCAUUUCUCCUUACAAUUGUCUUUUGAAUCAGUAUUACUGAAGAUUGUGAGAAUUAAGGAAAUGAUUACCAACCUAAGAGGCUUUGAUUGUUGGACAAAUUCUCCUUCUCAGCACCUGAAGAAAUGUAUAGUGAAGAGUAUGGAGAGUUUGUAUAUUGAUGUUAGGGUGUAAAGGGUUAACCUUCCUUGAGUGGGUAUUGAUAUUUUCAGAGAUCACUCAUUGUGAAAAAAAUAAUGUAUACUUUGCAGAAGGUUAGGUUUUUUUCAGCGUGUAUAUUGUUGGUGAGGAGAAUCCAAUUACAAUAGAUGUAAAACUGAUUUUUGGAAAAAUUGCUCUAGUAUCUGGAUAGUCUGGGUUAUAUUAUUUCUCCUUGUCUAACAAUUCAAUAAUAUAAAAGUGAAACUUCCUAGCCUGCUACCAUUAUAUAAAAAGAGGCAUACCAUUGUACUUUUUCAAGUAUGAAACAGAAUGAAGAUGUAUUGCAACAGUUAAUUGAUAAACUUAUUUAUGCAGCUUUGUUGUCAGAGUAUGAAGCAAGAAUAAUUUUUUGAGUAGAUUUUCAUACUUGUAUAUCACAAAUGAAAGAAAAAAGGUGUUCUAAAGAAAGCCAUUAUUUACUCUAUUUGGUAGAAUAUCUGAAACCCCUUCAGCAUGUAUUUCCUCCCAACAGUACCUAAUUUGCUGCAAAUGCUGCCAUAGAAGUGAAUUUAACAAGUAGCUGGUCAGGAGAAGUUGAAUUUUGAUCAGAGUUUAGGUUUACUGAAUGUAAAGGAUAUUUUGUGAAGACCAUUUGGAAUGAGGUGUAUUUCAAAUGAAAUGUCUUCAGGUCAUGUUUAUUCUCUUCGCUGCUGUCCCAGAUAAUCAUGGAAGCAGUAAAUGAUUAUUGUAAUAAAUGUGAUUUUUUGAAAGAC